CUGGCGACAAACUUGAACAUCGACCUACAUAACUAGGAGGUUUCGAUUACCGAUGAAGCAACUUAUUCGUAGGCACUAUAAAAGACUUAGUUCUUGUUUUAGAGACUGAAAGUGUUGGAAAGGCUAUAUCACUAGACCCGCCGGAUCGGAAGUCUCUCGAUUGAAGGUAACUUAUUAUCCCUUUAGCGCUUCAAACACACACACACAUCCUCAGAUGCGGCGGUGGUGGAUGCGACCAACAACUUCGUUAUCGAUUGUAAACCUUGAAAGCUCCCUCAAGACUCGUUGCCAAGAAAGCUCAGACUGUAAAUCAGCACCGGAUGAUUUCAAAACCAUUCGUGGAGCUCUUUAUGGAAUCUCUUUGGCCCUUUCAAUCACCACUCUAUCACUUAUGUUCAAGGCUUUCUUAACUAUACGUGAUCAACUUCGGCCCUUAGGACAACUAUAUACGAGGCUUGAUACUGGAGCGAUGUGUGGAAGUUCUGUAGCGCUUGCACUUGCGGUCAUCUUUACCCUUCUAAGUCAGGUUACUAUUCUUGUUCAAACUUGCUUUCCUAGUAAUACCUUCAAACCAACACGUCUUACACUUUGUAAUGUAUUGAUCCUCUUGGCUGCUACAAUUUCGACCACCAAAACUUUUUUCUUUGGAUCAGCUUCAUCCAAUCCGAUCCCUGCACUUCAAGCUGUUGGAAUCUCUGCUCAAUAUAAAGAUAUCAUCUUACUUCGUUAUCAUAUCAUCACCGCAUGGGUUCUUAUCUUUUCUCUUAUGAUCAGUGCAAGUUUGGAUUGGUGGAUCGAAAGAAGAAUUUCAAUGUUUCAUAAAAGUCAAAUAGAAGAUCAAAUAUCAAAUGAAAAAGAAAGAAAAUGUAAAACCAAUCCAACAACAGAUAUAGAAGCUUUUGAUGUUGAAAAAGAACAAGAAAAGGUCAUUAAGAGAGCAGGUGGAGAAUCUAUAGAAGAAUUAAGAUAAGGUUUUUUUCAAUGUGGAAACGGACGAGUGUUUUUUUUUCUUUUUAUAUAUAUAUGAAUGUGUAAGAUUUCAUUCAUUCAUUCAUUCAUUCAUGAUGUCUAUAUAGUGUCGAAAUCGAUCUUGUAUUAUUUUCUUUAAUUUUUUAACUUAUUUGUUUGUUUGUCACAUAGAUAAUCUUCUCAUUUGUAUAUGCAGCUCUUGAUUAAUGUAAAAAGGUUUUCUUGACAUACCCAAGGAUGAUGAUAACAAAAUCAGAUUUUAAAC